CCCCGGUACUAGCAUGAGUCCACUACUUGGUCGCAGCUUCUAUUGGCGCAUUCAGAUGCAACCACAUGUUCAGGACUCGGGCGGCUGAGAACAACGGCUACUAGGUAGAUUGGGGCGCUUAGGUAUCUGGAUAUUAGGCUGCUAGUUCAGCCCAAUGUAACUUUCUUUUUGUUUGAGUGAGAGAUUCUGAAGUCGGAUUUCUCGCAAAUGUUUGAUCAUCCACCCCCGUCACGUCUAUGAUUCGAGAGAUGAAACGACUACUACAAGGCGCUCUCCUUCUUUGGACCCUCUCCCUCAAUCCGGUUCGCUGUUCGGUUCCCCGGCAGGUAACCUGGUCAGACAAACAUUUUGGACCCGACGGCCCUUGGCAAGCAGUCACCGUCUCCAUGGGAAGCAACUACUCCGAGCUGGUUGUCUCCUCAUCAAUAUUGGCAUUAUACCCAGGAGGGAGUUGGGAAAGCAAAAUCCUCCUCUCCUCCAUCUGCGACAACAAGACACUCUCAUCGGUAUGCUAUGGGAAUAUAGCCGGUCUGUUUGACAGCGACAUAUCAGUCACCUUCGAUAAUCACUCCAUAGAAAUGCCCCCCGAUGGGACAUGGGGCGACGUGGACUGGGGGUUCGCGGACGCCGUUCCUGUUCAUGCGAAAGCAACGCGAGCCACAGACUGGAUAACCAUUGAAGGCGCUUCUGUACCGGAUGUCGACCUGAUCACUAUAUCCGCGGGGUGGCAGACAUACCCCGGUGGACAAGUGUAUCCGCUGGAGGUUGGAAUCCUUUCCCUAGGGAGUCCCGAUAUUAAUCAGACAUUUGGGGCGGUCAUCAAGAUCAACACGACCUUUGUCACCAGCUAUUUCUACGAACAGGAGGGGUCUCUAAACAUCCCAUCCUAUUCUUAUGGGAUGCACAUUGGCUCCGCAUCUCUGGGGAUUCCGGGCUCGCUUCUUCUGGGAGGAUAUGACGAGAACCGCGUGAUUGGAGAUGUGUCCGCUCAGGCAUUUUCUAGUGGCAGCUUUCCGAUCGAACUGUUCGAUCUGAGCAUCGGAGUCGCAGAGGGUGGAUCGCCUUGGAAUUUUCCCAAUAAAACCGGUCUCCUGGCGCAGGGAAAUUCCUCCCUAGCCUCCGGUCUCAGCGUGAUUGUGGAUCCAGCCAACCCAUACCUCUACCUGCCUCAGAGUACCUGUGAUGCCAUCGCCGCAGAGUUGCCCGUCACAUACCAACCCGAUUACGGCCUCUAUUUCUGGAACACCUCGGAUUCGCAGUACAGCACGAUUACAACUUCACCGAGCUAUCUGGCCUUUAGCUUUAGCAAGAACAACCUCAACAAUGAAGAUAUAACGAUCAAGGUCCCCUUCGCGCUUCUCAACCUCACCCUUGAGGCUCCCCUGGUGAACACUUCAACGCAAUACUUCCCGUGCAUGGCCACCAAUAGCACUCCUGUUCUCGGCCGUGCGUUUCUUCAGGCAGCCUUUAUCGGCGUCAACUGGCUGGGCGGGAAAUGGUUUCUGGCGCAAGCACCGGGGCCAGACGGGUCUUUCAUCGUCGAUACCAUGACCAUCGGCGACAACGACUCCACAGUCCCCGGGACAUCCAACAGCUGGGAAGACACCUGGAAAAACAGCUGGAAAGUGAUAGCCACAAAGUCCACCACCAAUCCUACCUCAACUUCAACCACGACCGAUCCUCAAACCAGCUCAUCCACGGAUAGCAAGGGUCUCUCCACGGGUGUCAGGACAGGCAUCAUCGUUGGUAGCAUUGUAGGCGGCGUGUCGAUCAUUGCCCUUUUCUGCGUGCUUUGCAUCCGUCGCCGGCGACAGAAGAUUCGGGCUCAGGAUCGCGCAAAACAGAGUCAUAUCGAUCAAGGGUCUUCGACACAGCAGUUGGAGCCGGUAGAGGCUCCCAAUAGUGUAUGGGACCAGUAUAAUGAGUUGCAAAGCGAGCCGAGAUAUGAGAUAGGCGGGGAAAGAGGGCCUUUCUAUGAGCUGGGGCCAGAGAAAGGUGCUAUUCGAGGUCUGGAUCAAGGGACGGAAGUUCAGCACGGUGAUGUGUUUGAGUUGCCGGAGCGGACGUCUAUUCUGAGCUCUUCGAAUGUUAUAUGAUCCUCUUGCUUUUGCAUUGUACAUAGGUUGCCAUUAUAAGUUGGCGCAGGUAUAGGGUUCACCUAUUACUGAUGUAUAUAUGACAGAAUUGCAUAGCUUUUCCU